AUGCAUUCUCGCAAAAUUCACUUGGCUGAGAAGCAAUACGAUAUGAUCGAUGGUAAGAUUAACAAUUUGGAUCGUGACUGGGCCGAGUUUCUUGAUAUGCAACGGCAAACAGCAAUAGAUGAGAAAAAUCGCUUAUACGAAGCCGCCGCCGAGUUGGAACCAUCAUCACUGAAGCGUAAACCAGCCAGCUCGCGAAAGGAAAAGAAAAACGAAGACUAUAAAGCAAUUCGAAUGGCAAAUAUAAGUGAUAUGCCAAUUGAUCCAAACGAACCAAGAUACUGCACAUGCAAUCAGGUAUCAUUUGGCGAAAUGGUGGGAUGUGAUAACAAGAAUUGUAAAGUCGAAUGGUUCCACUUUCAAUGUGUCGGUUUGACGGAACCUCCUACUGGAAAAUGGUUUUGUGAAGCGUGCUCGCAAGCCCGGAAGAAAAAG